UAAUAAACUUUCUUGCAGCUAUUACGUGAGGCCAAAUCAACAUGUUUCACGUGCAGUUUGAAAACACAAGGAUUUAAACCCUACGAUGUUACUUCAUCUGCUGGUUGCAUUAUUGACCGUAUGUUUCGGUGAAAGCUACACCAUCAGAAGUUCGGUCUCGUGGGCUGUCACGAAUGAUGUGGUGGAUGAAGAGCUGGACACACACUCGGAUGAAACGCCAGCUGUGCUCGUCGAUAAUACCGCGAUCUGGAAACAAACAUAUCCGUCCUCUGUGUACCGGGACGGUGCAGAAAAAAAGACCGAACAGAGAUCGAAGGGCGAGCACUUAUCACCGGCAUCCCGUGUGUUUUCAUACCGAUUGGCGGAGGUUAAAGCGCCGUCCAGCAUCCCGACCCCUCCGCCUCAUGAGGAGACUGCGAGAACCGCCAGAUACAUAGCGCACUACAGCGCCUGGGGUUUCCUAGCAACCAUCUCCACGCAAGAUAAGAUCAAAGGACUUCCAUUUGGAAACAUCUUCUCCAUCAGUGACGGCCCACUGGACAAUAGCACCGGAACGCCAUAUUUUUAUGUAACACCUAUGGACAACACUGUGAUGGAUCUUCACAGUUUCCCUUUUGCCUCCUUAACAUUUUCUGAAGCAGAAGGAGAUUUCUGCAGGAAGCAAGUUUAUGACCCUGAGGAUCCAAGGUGUGCUAGACUUACUUUGACUGGUAAAAUGGUUGAGGUUGGGCCAGAAGAGCUUGACUUUGCCAAAGAAGCAAUGUUUUCCAGGCAUCCUGUUAUGAAGAAGUGGCCUCCAGAACAUAAGUGGUUUUUCAUGAAGCUGGUUCUAGAACAAGUUUGGCUUCAGGACUGGGUUGGUGGAGUCUCUCUCAUUCCACCUCAAGAGUAUUUCAAAGCAACACCUUUCUGAGUAAAUUAAAUGCAUUAUAUUUUGAAAAUAGUUCAAGAGAAUAUUCAAACUGAAUUAAGACAGAAGGUGGUAGUAUUUAUUUCUAAACUGUUACUGACUACAUUUUGCCUUGGCCAUAAUGUUGGUUACCAUGCCUCUGGUACAUUCAGAGAUUCUUUUAUCAAAAGUGAAUUACAAAUAAGAGAGCAUUUAACAAAAAAUUCAAGUUACUGUAUGUAAGAAUGAUCUAAAAAACAACAACUUGUAGACUUGGCCUGACAAAAUAUGUUUAUGUUUUAUAACAGCCAUGGAAAAAAUAAGAGACUACUCCAGUUUACCUUUAAUCAUUAUUUCUACAUGAAUUGUGACCAUUUCAGUCCAGUGUCUGUUGAAUUCCAAAAAAUGCAAAUCUUAGGAGUUACAAUAAAGUCACCCAGCAGCAAUGUGAAAGACUGAGAGAGCAAGAAACAUGAAAGAUAUCAUUACAAAUCAGGGUUAUUCUAUCAAAUAUUCAUUUUUUAAUUAUUCCUAAAAUAAAUGUAAAAUUAUUAGCAUUGUGUUAGCAUGAAUAUAAACAUGUUUUGUUUGCCGUAUUCAAGAUUUAAAAACAUUGCAUUUUUUUGAUAGUUUGUCUGAUUUCCGUUUUCUGCAAAUAUCGGUAAAUCUGUAAAAGAUUAAGCCAGGACUGGGCCUUGGUUAUGCUAGGAUAUUUUUAUAAACUUACCUUACAAAAAGCAUUAGAGGUGUGCAUCUUCAGGCAAAACAAUGUCAGUGAUAUGUUUUAAGAAAUGUCAGCGAAAGUAGUUUGCAGUUAAGACUCCCUAGACAUUCAUUUUAGUCUGGGACUAUGCUUAAGUCCUGCCCCUAUAAAUAGUAGAUUUAGAUAAACUGAAAAUAAUCUUAAAGUGGUCUCUUAAUU